ACGGUUCACCUCUACAAAUUUAAGGAAACAAAUUGCUACAAUGUCACAAAUCUUCAAUUUGAAGGACAAUGAGCAAGACAUCCUUGCUGGAUUUUUGGGACAUGACAUAAGAGUCCAUCGAGAGUUUUACAGACUUCCACAGAAUACAUUACAAAUUGCAAAGGUCAGCAGAAUUCUGAUGGCAUUUGAGAAAGGAAAUAUUGGAGAAUUCAAGAACAAAGGACUUGAUGAAAUAGAAAUCAACAUAGAUGAUGAAUGUGAGAAUGAAGACCUACUGAAUACUGGUAAUAUCAUUGAAGAUGAGGAAUUUCAAGAAAUGAAUAAUAAUAAUAAUAAUAAUACAGAUAUAAAUGGAAAACUACAAGACAAAUGUAUGCAUAUUGAUGAUGAAGAUGUUUCUAAAGGUGAUGUAGAUACAAUGAAAGUAGGGCCCUACUCGAUAAUGAAGAACAGUAUAUUGGACCUGGGCCAUAAAAAACAGCUGUCAGAUGAUAUUGUGAACUCUGCUAUUUAUAUUGCCACAAGAGAGAAAAAGAUAAAUCUUUCCAAGUAUGAGAUGGUAAUAGGUGCUAUGUUUGAAGGUGGAGAAACAACUAAUUCUGGCAUAAUAAAUGGACAUUGGACACUUGUGGUGGUUAAGCAAAAAAGUCAUGAAAUAAUAUAUCUGAAUUCUACUGGUGAAAGUAAAGAGACAAUGGUGACAAUUCAGCAGAAUUGGAAUAAUUAUGCAAGUAAGAAGGGUGAAGUCAGUACUUAUACUAUAUUGAAAGUGGAUCAUACAAUGCAAGAUGAUGCUGUAUCAUGUGGUGUGUUAGUCAUCAAG